GUGCAAAUAGAUCAGCUGUCUUCAAACAUGCCACAGGAGGGGUUCAAAUUCGCACAUAUUUCUGCUCAUCUUCGUUAUUCUGUCUCUAAUAAUGGGUAUCAUUGCUAAAUGUUUCUGUUCAGCCAUAUGGAAAUACCUGGAGGCUGGUCCGUAAGCUCGCACAUGGUGUUCUCAACAUCGUGGUUGCUCGUAGCUAUGUGCCAUAUCAGGACCUUGAAAAUCGAGCGAUGCUGAUGGGAUUACUCGAGGACCCUGACCAAUUCAUCAAUCAUAUACGCCGCUAUACAACAUCGUUGACUACGCAAAUGACCUUUGGGUAUCGCACUCCCACCAGUGAUGAUCCAAACUUGAUUGAGAUGUUUGAGAACUUUGAGCGACUCUCAGAAUUGGCAGGCACUCAGGUUGCUGCUCUCUUAGACCUGUUUCCUAUACUGAGACGAUUGCCCGACUUUCUGUUGCCUAGCAGGAAGUUAGGCAAAGAAGUGCACAAGAGGGAACUAGCACUCUUCAUGAAACACUUCUUAAAUGCAAGAAAGCAGCUUCAUAGUGGUAAUGCAAAGCCAUGUUGCUGCAUUGAUCUACUGCGCUUUCAGAAGGAAUCCGGCAUCUCUGACGAGCUUGCCAGUUAUAUGAGUGGGUCUCUACUCCAGGCAGGCUCUGAGACAACUUCUGCUAUUCUGAUAGGAUUUGUUGAGGCGAUGCUUCUCUUCCCAGAUGUAGCAAAAAAGGCGCAGGCUGAGAUAGACCGUGUCUGUGGCGAUCGCCUUCCCGACCUAAACGAUGUUCCAGACUUGCCGUAUAUUCGUGGAUGCAUGAAGGAGAGCUUACGUUGGAUGCCAGCGGCUGUCCUGGGUGUGCCGCACGCCGUCAUACAGGACGACUUCUAUCAGGGCUACCGAAUUCCCAAAGGAGCAACCGUCUUGUUUAACGUGUGGGCCAUACACAACGAUCCCAAGAGGCACCCUGAUCCCAGAAAAUAUGACCCUUCACGCUGGGCGGGGGAUAACCAAAACUCGAUUCAGGCUGCACUCAACGCAGACCCCACGCAGCGUGACCAUUUCACUUUCGGCGCAGGGCGACGAAUGUGUCAAGGCAUGCACAUUGCCGAUCGUUCUCUAUUUCUCGGGAUGUCACGGAUGCUAUGGGGAUUUGAUCUGAAACCAGCGGUCGACGCGAAGACGGGCAAAGAAGAGCUUCCGGACGUUAACAAUGUGGUCGAUGGCUUGUUUGUAGUCCCGCAGCCGUUUCCUGCUAAAAUUGUGCCAAGAAGUGCUAGCAGGGCGGCGCGCGUCAGGGAAGAAUGGGGCAAGUUGCAGCAUCUGCUUGACGAAAAUAACCAAUGGAAGACGGUACCCGAGGGCCUGAAGUGGAGAGACUACGAGCCAUUGGACGGUGAGGAAAAUGUCUUCGACGUUGAUCCGUAAGGCUAUCUAGGCAUUGGUUUACUCCAGCAAAUCUAGCAAUAACUACAAUACCUAGUACAAUAUUCUCC